CCGGGUGGGCCAAACGAAUCUCCUGCUGUCAUAAGAGUAUCAGGUGUUGCUGCUGGUUCAGUUGCUGCCAUGUUAUAGAAUUCGUGACGCGUUCGUGUUGUUGUGCAAUAUUGACGUGGAGGGUCCCAAGUGUGUGAACCUGGCGGUGCCGAAUGUGGAGGGCUUGCUUCCUGGUGCUUGGACACUUUGAGAAAAGUCGACCUUCGUUCACCAUCAGAAUGCCGACGACUCGUUCUUCAUCUCGCUCCGUACCUUCGAUGCGUGAUAAUGCCGCUCCUACUCCACGUAGAAAGCGAAAGAUCACCGAGAUCCCGAAUGACUCAAAUCAGAGCAUGAGUGAGGAGGUUGCAAAGCCUGCACGCACAAAGCGAGCGAGGUCAGGGAAUGAGACCCAUGGUGCAUAUAAAAUUGGGGAAUCCUCACCAGAGACGUCUAAAUCACCGCAAAAGAAGCCUUCUUCGCCUCGAAAAAGAUCCGGAGCAAAGCCAGUCGAAGAUGAGUCUGUAUUCCCCAAGCCGUUUGUGCCAAAAUAUUUUUUGGAUCUCGACCCAAACACAACCGUUAUACCUGCGCGCCUGUCGUUUGAUUUUGAGGAAGCGAAGGCCCAUUUGAUCGCGGCUGACGUCCGCUUUGAAGAGGUGUUCAGAAAACUGAAGUGUAGGCCAUUCGAGAAUCCCGAGCCUGUUAACCCCUUUAGGACGCUGGUUGUUUCUAUUCUUGGUCAACAGAUCUCGUGGCUCGCCGCCCGAUCCAUCACGCACAAGUUCCUACGACUUUAUGACUCCUCAUUACCUGAAAAGCCUCCUGCUCAUGGAGAAAAGCCACAUACCUUCUUCCCUACUCCUGGGGAAGUGGCUACUACGGAUAUCACUAUCCUCCGCAGUGCUGGUCUUAGUCAACGGAAAGCAGAAUAUGUUAUCGAUUUGGCAACCCACUUCGUUGACGGAAGGCUUUCAGCUGUACGGCUUGCUCAAGCCGACGACGAGGUCAUGGAACAAGAUUUAAUAUCAGUGAGAGGGAUAGGCAAAUGGACCGUUCAAAUGUUCGCCAUGUUCUCACUGCGGAGACCGGAUGUACUGGCAGUCGGAGACUUGGGUCUUCAAAAGGGCAUCCUACGUUGGGUGCUCUCAAGUUAUACCGGAGGCUCCCUAACCAUCCAGCCAACAAAACUGCCCAAAGCGCCCGAUGACCAGGAUGAUCCUUCACCGCAAUCUCAAUCUGGAGACAUGUCCACAACGGAUGAUGCCCAGCAAAGUGUAGUCCCAGACGACGCGCCUGCGCUCCCGCCAGUUUCAACGGGAGUUGCUGAGCCCAUUCCUCCACCGAGUCCCAUCAAGGGACGUCGUCCAGCCGAGGGAGAAGAGGGUAGGAAGGAUGUUGAGUUACCGCCCGGCGUGACGCUUGACGAAGUCAAGCGACGACUAAAUGGGAAAAAACCAAAUAAAAAUUACUAUGUUAGUCCGGAGGAGUUUGAGUUCCUCACGAAAGACUGGGCACCAUAUCGUUCACUAGGAUGCUACUAUCUUUGGGCCCUUGGCGAAGACACCUGAGGGACACUUAUAUAGAGGGCCCCCCACCUAGAGGUCCUCUCAAUUCGAAUCUUAGAUGUCAUAGAAUAACAUUCCUCCAUGACGAAUGGAAUCUAUCUGCAGUUCAUAAAUGUACCAUAUUUCGUGAAGGGCA